AUGAGGGGUCCCUGCGAGAGGUCUGGGGAGAAUGAAGAGCAGGAGGAGGAGACGGUCGCGGCUGCUGGGCGUCCUGCAAGGGUCCCGGAAUCCGAGAGGGGUUCAGAUGCGGAUUCAGACUCAGACCUGAAGACACGUGCCGAAGGCACCCAUGGGCUUGGAGAACUGGUCAAGGACACUGUCCACCUGAGGUCUUGCCGGGCCCACAGCGUUGUGCCUGCCUCCUGCUCCCUGCACCAGGGAAGCGCCCCAGAGCUGAGCCUGCAGCGUUGUGGCCUGGGGCCCCAGGCUCUCCCUUCUGCAUUGACCUCCAAUCCCGAUGUCAAGCAGCUGGAUCGGGACAGUGGGCACUGUGGGGCCGGCACAGGGGCCCUGGCAGGUGCCCUGAGCAAAAGCAGCAGCAUCUAUGUGGAGCUGUCAGAGAACCAGCUGGGAGCAGUGGGCGCCCAGGCUGUGUGUGCCACCCUCACAGUGAACCUGGCCAUGCAGAGGGUACAGCUGGCAGGGAAUGGCCUGGAGGAGCAGGGGCCCCAGUACCUUGCUGAACUCCUGCUGGCCCACACGGGCCUGAAGUCCCUGGACCUGAGCUAUAACCAGCUGAGUGACCAAGCAGGGGAGACACUUGGACCAACUCUGGCAGACAACACAGGACUCACCAAGCUUUACAUGAGCUGGAAUCACCGAGGCCCAGGUGCCGUAGCCUUUGCCAGAGGACUAGAGGCAAAUAUCUCCCUGAGAGUCCUGGACAUCCCAUACAGUGGCUUUGGAGAUCCUGGAGCCUCUGGGAUGGGUGAGGCACUUAAGAUUGACAAUGUGUUAGAGGAACUCAAUAUGAGCAACAACCGCAUCUCCGCGUUGGGAGCCCUGAGCCUGGGCCUGGGCCUCCGGGUCACCCAGACACUGAGGUUCCUAUUGGGAGUGUCCAGGAAUCCCAUGCGAAGUGCAGGCUGCUUUGGUGUUCUCAGGUCUGUCCAGGAGAGUCCAGUGUCUGCCCUGGAACUGCUGGAUCUCUUUCAGCCCUCAGGCUUGGGACACCUGGUGCUGAAGGUCCUUGUUUCCUUCUACCUGCCUCGUCUCUACGGCUCCACAGGCAGAGGAUUCAAGGUGAGCAGAGAGUUUGAUGACCUCACUGGCACCUGCAGGAACUUGGCCGCCAGCCCCGGCUUCUACUGA